AUGGAGCAAGCUUGUGAUAUCUGCAGAGUAAAAAAAUUGAGGUGCUCGAAAGAGAAACCCAGUUGUUUCAAAUGUUUAAAGAAUAAUCUCACAUGUACAUAUUCUCCUAGAGCGAAGAGAUCUCCUCUGACAAGAGCACAUCUAACUGAAGUGGAAAAAAAAUUAAAUAAUUUAACUAUACUAUUUGGUAAAUUGUUCCCUGGUGAAAAUAUAGGUAAUUUAGUUAAAAGAUUCAAUAUCGAUUCAAGUAAGAGCGAUUUUGAUAAUGCUUAUCUUACUAACAAUGAAGAGGAUGAUAAAAAAAUUAAUAAGGCAAAUGUUACUAUACCGAUAGAUGAUUCAGUCGAAAACCUCCUAUAUGGCUUCGACUGGGAGGAAAAAAAUGAUAGAGUUAAUCACGGCCAGUCAAUAAUGAAACAUAUCACUGACAAAUCUUAUAAUGGUUAUUUUGGUCCAAAUUCAACGAUAUCUUUAUUCAGAUCAAUAAAAAAUUUGAACAUAAUUAUGCUUUUGGAAAAUAAUAACAUAUCAAAUAAAAAUUUAUACGGUAUUCCCAAUGCUCAGAUAUCAAGCAGCGUCAAUCUUACAAAGAAAACUACUAUGAAAAGAUAUAUUAGAUCAUUUUUCGAAAAUUUCCAUCCUUUUAACCCAAUAGUUGAUGAAGAUUGGUUUAUGUCAAUGUAUACAGAUAAAAAGAGCGUUCAUUCGAAAAAUGAGACACAGUACUGGCAACUUUUAAUGAAUAUAAUCCUUACGAUUGGUGCAUGGUGCCACGAGGGUGAGUCAAAUGAAAUUGACACAUACUAUUAUCAACAUUGUCAUAAUUUUUUCUCUAACAAUGGCUGUUCAUUUCUAUCAAAUGGUUCUAUAGAUCUACUUAUAGUAAUGAACCUCGUAUCUAUCUAUCUUUUCUGGAAAAGCAAUUUCAAUUCAAGUUAUCAAUUCAAUUCAAGCGCCAUUAACAUGGCUAUUUCCUUGGGCUUAAAUUAUGAUUUCAAAUUAAAUGAUAAUACGGAGAAAUUCAAUCAAGAUAAUCGUCUUCUUAUAAGAAGAAAAACAAUAUGGUGGUCUUUAAUUAAACAACAAAUUAAACUGAACCUGCUUUUUGAUAGACCAAAUACUAUAAAUUCGAUGUUUAUUCAGACAGAAGUGAGUACUAUCGACAUGUCAGGAUUUAGUAAUAAUGAUUUCUUGUUUUUCAAUAAUCUAAAAUCUAAUCUAGACGUUUUCAAUUUAGCUUCAGAUUUCAUGUCAAAUCUGGAUUCAAUGCCAAAUAAAAAUUCAAAGAGAAGGUUUUACAACGUCAAAUCCCACUGCAAAAAAAUUAUUGCUUUUACUCAAAAGGGUAGAAGUGUUUUUGAUUUAAAUGAUACUUUCAAAAUUGAUAAAACUUUUGAUUUCUUCUUCGAUUCUUAUAAAAGUGCUUUAACUAUCUACAUGAUCAAGAAAUAUCUUUUAAACUUGAAUGAAAUUGGAGAUAACGAGUGUUUGGAUUUUAUCAAUGACUCGGUCAAUGAUUUCAUUAAUAUGGUUGACAACUUUAUUUUAGAUCCUGAAAAUAACUCUUUAUUGAGCCCAUUUGUUGUCUGGGCUUGCAUUUCACAUAUUUUCCACGUUUCCAUCCUACCCAUAAAGUUACUUUAUACAUUAAAUGAUGCAGCUUCAGGGCAAAUGAGUAAUAAACAAUUUUUGGUAUCUUCAAAUCAACUCAGAAAAUUAAAUGAAAUGAUGACUUACUUAACUGGCAAGAGAAAAACUUACAACUUUGAUAUCUUUGAUGCAUUCCGUAACUUAUUGGAAAGUGUCUUGUUACAGAUCAAUCCGAACUCAGCCGUGAAUAACAAUAAUGUAGUGUCUAAUGAACAUCCUAUAAAUUAUUCUUUGAUACCCUUUGAUAAAAAUAGCCCUAAUCCAAAUACCCCAGUACUACCAAAUGAUAGUCCGAAACAGUUGAUAGCCAAACUACCAUCCCAUAUACCAAUACAGUAUCCAUCUGAAGCGGAAAUAUAUCAUUUUCCCACUUCGGCACAUUACAAGCCUGCAAAGAGUUAUACUGACCUAAUAAACCUUUUAUCUGCAUCAGCUACCUCCCCAAGCUUAAAUUCCAUGGGCAACAAUGUACCUAUAUCAAUACCUUUCUUCUCACAAACAUCGCUAGUACCACCGAAAAAUAAUACACACUUGCUUCCAUCCAUGGUACGAGAGAAUAAUAGCCAAUUAGUACCUCCUUCAAAAGAAAUAGAUGAGCAAGAAAUAGGUCAGCAAGGAACGCAAUCGCUUGAUAAGGCAGGAAUAACAUCUACAGAUACAUUGGUUUCAAAUUCACCGAAUAUACUGACCCGAUCUCCAAAUCAACAAUUUAAUGGAGGGAAUAUAAAUUGGAAUGACAAUACUGCAUUAAACGCAUUAGGCCUAACUGGGGGCCUUUUUAAUACUACUACAAUGGAUGAUGUCUAUAACUACUUAUUUGAUGAUAACGUAUCAAAUAGUACAAAUAGCAGUUAA